CCUAGUUCAUGGCACUGGCCUCAUGUCGAAACAUGAAAAGAAGGAGGCCUGAAUGCCAAGGAGGUCGACCGGGAGUAAGCACUUAAACGCCGGUGAGGUGCAGACUGCCUUGACUACAAUUGUACUUCAAGGCCUCCUCUGCAUGUAACCGGUCUGUGGCGGAGAGCGUCGAAGAUAUAGCCGAUGCCUUUAUUAGCGAGAUGAUAUAUCACCUCUCCUCUCCUGCUUUACAUCAGAGGCACAGAGGGUCAUUGUUGUUGCCGCGUGAUGAUCUCCCGGGCCGCGUCAGCCUUAUCAGGUUUGAUAUGAGGGGCGAUAACAACCAGGAAAACAAGGUACCUUCAAAUAUGAUACGCAACCACUUACCAUGUUAGAACGCUUCUAGAGAAGACGUCGUGGUCGCCAUGGCUCUGUCACGACUGAGAAGCAGUCUGCACGUUUGGCUGAGCCUCCUAGGCCUGACCAUAGCUGCACAACAGAUUCCCCUCUCAUCUAGUAUUCAUGAGCAGUCAAAUCUCGACUUCACAUCCUUUGCGCCUCACAUCUUCUCCUCCCUUCGAUAUCUCUUGGAGCAAUGGCCAAACACAUAUAUACCCAAUGGCCACUCCAUCAUACCCUGUGAGAUUCCUGCCUACACAAAUCUCUACCAUGGAAGACGAGACGGACUGCUUCCCUCAAGCCCUGAAUGGUUUGCAUUCGAUGCGGAAAUGUCUUAUGGCAUCAUGGGCUCGGACCGCAAUUCGCAUCUGCUAACGUACCAGAACGUGAAGCCAGUACAAUGUCUCUACUUCGACGGUAUGUCGGCUGCGCUGAUGGGCAGUGGCCCACUCGACUCACAGAUGGUAUUCCUCUGUGGCAAUACUACCUGCUCUCUCGGUGGUGACGACCCGUGGCAUGGCAUCAUGGAUGAGUACGCUCGUGCUGGCGCACUCUGUCACUGGGUACAGCAGAAUGGACUGGGCGGUCUAGGCUGGGGGGUGGAAGGAAUUGUGAGAAUGAAUGCUGGAUUCGAGAUGAUUUGGUGCAAUUUCACCAGUCCAAACAUGCAACUGAUCAGUCACGUCAAUGUUACUGCGCCAUUACUGCCGGAUCGAACCAAACAGGAAGAGGUCCUGGGCGAGAUGGCGUCAGUCGAAGAUCCAUCCACGGCUACUGACAUGCUGGCCACACGUUCAAGCCCAUCAUCAACUUCGACCUCAGACAUUCCGACGGGGAAACCAGAUAUGCCUUCUCCACCCAACUUUCGCGGCGGCGGACUUGAACCGUUCUUGCGGUCACAGAGUUUCGAAUGGUACCGCAGCGCAUCAUGGCACAUAGGCAGCUCCGGCUCGUCCAUCGGCCGCCCUGAAGGCAGAGUCAAGCUCAACUCUUGUGGAUUCCUGACCUACUAUGAGCCAGUCCUCAAAGAUUUCCACUCUGCAUUCGUUGAGGAAGAAAGAUCCCGCCUGAAUCUCACAGCAGAUGGGACUUGGAAAGGCCCAGGCGAAGAUGGCAAUCACAGCGUCGCUUUGAAAGAGCUCGCCCUCCGCCGACGAUCGCACAACCUCGCCCAAAUGACCAAUCCCGAAUCCGACAUAAUGAGAGAUGCUGUCUUGCAUACUCUUCGCGCCUUGAACCACUCCUCCUUUCUCUGUACGGGCAUCGACUGGGUCCAGAAAGCCGUCGACGUGGCUGCCCGCUUCUCUAUACCCUUGAGUCAAACCCAGCACCUUCUGUACCACCCUCCGACCGACAGAACCAACAACACCUUGAUACAGGACUACAUUGCAGCACUCCGCUCCAAAUCACACACCAUGCUCAUGCCCUACCUGACUUACCCACUUACCGCCGCAGCACUGCCAGACAUCAACGCUCACUGCACCACAAGCCAGACAAUCGCCCUACAACGCCUCCGUGAUACCCUUCUGCCAAACGAACGCUCUCUCCUCACCACCUUUGAGACCGUCCUCUCAGCCAUCUGCAAUACAACGCUGUCACUGGCUUUUGACGUCGAACAGGCUUGGCAAACAUACUACCAGCCCAACAUCUCCACGCCAAUCCCAGACGACAUCCUGGACACCCUUGUCAGGGACCACAGUGCUUCCAUUUCCCUCCUUCGCGCCUGGCUCGGCUGGUUCCCGGAUGACAUGCAAUGUGACAGCGUCUGUGCCGUGGACGAAUUCUGCUUCAUCCCCAUAUGGCCACUCAUGUUCCUUGAACCGAGAGGAAGAGGUGGUCCUGGCCGUGGACCUGGCGGUGGUGGGCCACCCGGCGGAGGUGACGAUGGUAGAGGACCGCCUGGACACGGCCCGCCUGGAAGAGGACGAGGUCCAGGAAGAGGGCCACCAGGCAGGGGAGGAGGCCCACCGGGAGGUGAUCCAUGGGAAGAUAUGGAAUCCGAAAUCUGGAGACCUAGGUGCAUAAAGGUUUUGGAUUGAUCUCAGAUCUGCUAUAUUAUAUAUGCUGUUACUCCCGAGCAGCUCGAGGCGAGGCUGGUCCAGAGCCAAUCAUAUGUCGCGACAUAUAUCCGGUCCAACCUAUCAUAUCUUUCCUUGUUAUCAAGUACAAGUGUCAUCCACCUGUCGGCUACGAGCGUACUCUACACCCUGAACAAAGACCAUUCGUCCGCCUAGACGUCCUUCAUUCUAUGACGGAUUGACUGCCGUCGGGGCAAGGAAUUCGCAUUUCCGCUGUACUCCGUACUGACACGCAGCAAUGCAGGUUUCCUUGCGGGGUUGC